GAAUGCCCCGGCCUAAUGCAGUGCAACUGAUGCAAGAUGUCGAGGUCUGAGAAAAUAUUUGUUCCUGUACCACAGGAGUAUAUGGGGAUUGUUAUUGGAACUGGCGGAAGAAAUAUAAAUGAACUUAAACAGGAGACAGAUACGAGGAUUACAUCUUGUAAAGGAGAUAACUCCGGGAAAGAAUCUGGUUUUACAGUCACUGGCACUAUAAUUGGUUGUGAAAAUGCACGACUGGCUAUAAGACAUCGCAUAGUAAGUAUCAGUGGCUUACACACUCUUAUUUUUAUUCUCAUGUCAACUCUGCAAAAAUCGUACAUCAAGAAUGCAGAUCAUGGAAUUCAUAAAUUUCCACUUCGUUUCACGAGUCUGUGUUUUUAUUAUUUUGUAAAGUUUGCUCACUUAUAUUUGUGCAUGGAAAGCUUUGUGGAGGUAGAAUGCGCAUAUAUUCAAUGAACAUUUCUCCAUCUUUAUCGUACAUGCCAUUAAAUUUACAGUAAGCAAAAAUAUUUUAGAUUCUGUUGGGGACAUAAGUCCAUAAAAAAUAGCAGUGCGUGCAUGUACAACAUCAUUAGAAAUGCGAAAUCUUGCAUGCGACAAAGUACAACUGCAGCUGUAGUUCUCUCAAUUGUGAGAAGUGCAUGUAGCUCAUCUACAAGGACCAUUGUCAACAGUUUGCCUCCAUUUCCACUUAAUAGUGAGUUUGGCAAAUACAACGGCUAUGUCAAUGAAGACCUGCUCAUCAAUAAUUUAAGACAAAGGCGGGUAAAAAAUUGUAUUCCCUUAAUCAGCAUUCUAGUACGCCGUGGUUGUUCAAACUGCUACGUUUACAAAAGUGCAUGGAGUUAUGGUAUACCCCAUUAAGUGGUUAUCUACUGGUCUCCACCUAAAUUCAUCCAAACGCGAAGCUGUAAAAACUACGACAUCACAAGUUUACUGCUCACCUUGCAUCUAUAUCAGAAGAGUUAAACUAUGUUUCUAUGUUCUCUGAUCCAAACGUAAAUUCCAUGGCUUAGAAAAUUGAAUAAUGUCCUUCAAUUCGCACUACCUUGGUUGUUCACGCUCCAAUUAAGUCAAUUAAGAUCCGACGUUGUUCCUGUCACUUUGUUACUACUGAUAUAUGAUAAACCAAAUGACUUUCAGAGACCAACUUCAUCGUCGCUACAAACAGAUACGAGAUAUAAUUGAAGAUUGGAGGAUAUUUAAAGAUGUCCAAUUAGAUCAAUUAAAUACACUUUAAAAGCUGCGGAGAAAGAACAUGUAUAUGCUGAAGUUAAUCUGCACAAAGUUAACCUUUGUUGUACAGCAAGAACCCAGUGGUGGUUGCCAAGGAUUUCAACCCGAUUUUUCACUGGGGAGAACAGUUGCCGAAACAGCUACACAAUUAGCCUUAGAUAACAAUGUUAAUAUAUCAACUGGGUCAGAGUAUCAAACUAGGACAUCUGAAUGUUAGUUUGAAGAGUUGUUUGACUAUGUUCCUGUUACCUGCACAGAAGUCCAGUACAUAAUACCAUCUAUGCCGUCAAAUAAAUUUCCAGGACCCGACAAAAUUAGCAUGCCCAUCAUCAAGGCUUGCCUUCCUGUCAUUCUAGGCCCCGUGACAGAUAUUAUCGACAGCCCAUUUACCACCUGGACGUUCCCAGACUCCUGGAAAAUUGCCAAAAUUAUACCACAGUUGAAGGAUGGGACCAUGAACAACCUUCAAAUAACUGCCCUCUCUAGCGCUUAAUUUAAUUAAUGCAGUUUCAACGUGGUUAAUGGUAUUUUAAAUCGCACUGGUCGCAAUUCCUCUCAUCAAAAGUAUCAUUCCAUUGAACACUGAACAUUUUGGUUAGCGAUUUUUUGUUAAAUGCAAUGGACGGCCAAAAACUUUCUGAGCUCGCUCUUUUGAACCUGUCGAAAGCUUUCAACAGUAUUGCCCAUUCAACACUAUUAAAUUUUGAUUUAACAAUUAAGCUACAUAUUGGUGUUUCUUGUCAAACUCUUAUCUGGUUAGGAAGCUAUCUUUCUGAUAGAAAACAGUUUGUCCUUAUUGGCUCCUCGGUAUCUGAAAUUCUGCCAAUCACCCUUGGGGUCCUACAGGAGAAAUAUUGUCACUACUAUUAUUUUCCAUUUAUAUGAACGAUCUCCCUUUAGUACCAUAAGCAUUCAAUGUGGUGAUCCUAAAAUAUUCAUAUCGUUCCCAAUUGGAGACGUUGCUAUCGCCCAAAGUAAUAUAUAGAGGGAGUAUCUUAAACUAGUCGCAACUUGGUGUUUCGAAAACAAUCUGUUAACUUAAUUAAUCCAGAGAAGACAGUUUCUCUAGGUACUCGCCAGCUGCUUGGUAAACUCCUCCAGGAAAUGACAAUUUAAUUUCUUGGAAAAGAAAUUACACCAGUGUCAAACACUAAAGAUCACGGAGUAUCCUUCGAUAAAUUAUCUAACUUCUGAUGAUCCCAUUUGGAAUGUUAUAUCAUCUUCUAUGGCGAAACUCUACAAAUAAACUGUACUAUUGCUCUACGGUAUUGGCAAACGCAUCCGCAACGAAUAUUAAAAACUUGAACCAGUUCAAAACAUUGCUUGCAGGAGUAUAACAUACCCACGAAAAUAUGAUCAUAUAUAACACCGGCGCGUCGGGCGAUUCAUUGGCUUCCAUUUGGAGAUCAUCUGCAGUAUAGAGACUCAUUGAUGAUUUAUAAAUGCAUGGACGAAUUAUAGCGCCAUCGUAUUUAAUAAUAUAACAAUGUGAACAUAUCAACUGGGUCAGAGUAUCAAAAAUCUUUUCAUUGCCAAAACAUACCCGCGUGGAAAUCUUUGAAAUAUAAGGUUCAACAAGAAAUCAAAUCUAGGAAAACAACUUAUUAUAAAACAGAAGUUAAACAUUUGAAGAAGGACGACUGGGGAAGGUGGUGGGAAAUUGUAAACACCAUGGCGGGAAAACCGGAGAAAAACAAUUGUUUCAUUUUCGAGCGUGAUGGGAUAAUCCUAGAUCAGUCCGAAUUGGCCAACAGCCUAAACGAGUUUUACGCAACAGUAAAUAAUGACAUUCCAACACUCGACGUAACAAAACUUCCCACCUUCCUCCCAGCCGCCGAACCUACCGCGAGGCUUGAACCGUAUGAAGUAUGUAGCCUCCUCCGCAGGCAUCUCACCCGACGAAUCGGGUGGUGGGAAAAAGUUUGGUGAGAUGCCUGCUAUAAAUCGACACAAAAAUUUGCACUGCGCAUACUGGCUCGCGCAUGCAAAUUUCGACAAACUCAAACUUAGGGGGAGUAGGAAGGGCUUACGGCAAGGAGUGAAGAAAAUUUUGUUUUUAACACGAUGGCUUACAAGACGAGUAAAACUGUAAAAUUAACGAAUAAUCCUGCUCUUCAACAUUGCAAAUACAAAGGGAACUUUGACUAAGGAGCUGAGAACGUUAUUGAAAGCCGACGCAGCGAUUUACUGGGAUUGUUUAGAGACGAGUGACUUUGCAGAGCAGUGAAUUCACGUUGUCGUCGAUUCAUGUCAAGACAUUUGUCAAGACAAGGUUUCAAUUGAAAGUUUAUCGUCGAUAUAUACAAAUUUCUAUUCAAAUUGUUGACGACAUUUUAUAUCAUAAUAAGCUGAAAGUGCAGUGAUUUAGUCGAAAUUGUAACACGAAAAGGAACGAUCGAAAAUUGUCAAUAUAUAAAUGUAAAUUCAACUGUUGACAUCUGUGACUGCGUAUUAAAUAUAUAAACACCUCUUGCCUUGUUUUAAUACGCUUGUAUGGAAGGAAAUCAUUAAUAAAAGUCUUAAACAAAUAGCUUUCUUAUUGUGGAAUACACUGUGCAAUUUAUCCCUUGGACAAAGACAAAGUUUUCAAACUUGAGUGUCUCAGAUGUGGCGAAAAUUAGCAAAAGCUUUCUUAAAUCAGUGGCCCUGUUUUAUAUAUGGGUGUGAGUAAUGUAGACAUAAGGGAAAGGACAACUGGAAUUUAAUAAGAAUCUAAUAGUUUUCCAUGUGGUGCAACAUGUAUGAAGACCUGUCUUAAUAACAUUUGCCUUGGAUUUGUUAAUUAACCAAUGGAGGCAUUACAUACAUUCCAUUUUGCUUGCCAAAGUUCACAGACAAAAUAUUUACAUGGGUAAAAUCCAUUUUGCAAGGCAAAUUUCCCUAUAACCAUACAAACAGUCACUGACGAAACUUCCCGGUGAUAGACGUGUUUUCAGGGAUGGAUCCAGCAUGAUCUGGUGGGGGGUGCUCUGCCAGCUCUGGUGUCGAGUGACUCGAGUUGUGUUGUCAUGUGUGCAGCCCGCCAUUAACAUACAGCAACAGCAGUAUUUUGACAAUUUGGCAAAACAACCUCCAUGUGGUACAAGUGUACUGUGUACAAUAUCUCAUUUUGUCUCUAAUAUUUUUUGCUUUAUCAUGAAAAAUAGCACACACAUACCCCCUGGCCAGGGCUAGGGAGGGGGUGUGCACCCUCCCCCCCCCAGUAAAUCCAUCCCUGCAUGUUUUGCUAUUAAUUGUUACAUUAACCACCCAAAAGUCUUUCAAUGGUGGGUACAUAUUAAUUGUAAGCUGUGAAGCUUUAGAUUAGCCCAUUGUUUGUACUCUCCCCUGGAAUAGUAAAAUUGUCUGAUGUUAGACAGAGUAAAAGCAGGGGCGUGCCGGCAAGCAAUGAGACAACAAGAACUUGUUGUGGGCCCCUGGCAUUGUAGGCUCUUACAUGAUACAUGCCAAUCUAGAUUUAUUAUAUUUAAAACAAAUAUAUGUCAAUAGCAAUUUUAUUUAAACAUGAACAAGGGAGAUACAUAUAAUUAGAGAAUAUGCAGAUACACCAUAAAUUUCUUUAUUUAUCAAAUCAUGGAUGUCAUGUGGCCAGUACGUGUAACACAACUAGGCAUAUGCUAUAUUAGAAAGAGGUUGUUACAUGCAUCACAAUGCAACUUAUUAAUGGGUUAGCAUAUUCACAUGAUAUUAAUUAAGGGGGUGAGUUCCAAUUAACUAUUUAACCAAGUGAAGCCUGGUUCACAUAUACCUGCUGUUUGUUGAUGGGCUAUUGUCGUUAAAAGUUCAACUAAAUAAUUCACAAAAGAAUGUAUGCAUCAACAGCUGUAAACAAUGAUAAUGCAGGCAUAUGUAAACCAGGUUUAAGAUGCCAACAAAAUCUUGAUUUUUGUAGGCUUUUGUAGUAAUCAAAUUUCUGUAGUUGAUAUUUCCAAGUUGUUAUCUCUCCUCACUUAUUGAAAUGGUUGCUUCAACAGAAAGAUCUUUUCCUUUUAUAUAUCAAUUCACUUAACAUGUUGCCAAAUGUCUGAUGAUUUGACUAAAAUUAGUAAAAUAUAAUCAAAAUGUCAACCCCUUCAUAUAAAUAAACAUGCCAAAAUAAUAUUCCAGAAAACAAUACAAUUCAACAUAAUUCCUUUAUUAAACAAAUUAUACCUUUCGUAUCGUUCCAUUCUUCGUUUUGCGUUCGAAAUUAUGCCAGAUAAUUUCCUCAAAUUGUAGUUCCUCGGCUGAACAAUUGAUACAUUGUAAACAUUUGGCUGCUUCGAGCGAGCGAUUCAAUUAAAUUUGCACGUCGUUUUUAGACCGCGAGAGACAUUGCGAUAUAUAAUCCUUUCAAUUGACCAACUAAUUUUCGUAUAACUUGAAUAUUUCGAUGCAUUUUAAAACAUUUUUGAGUUAAUACUCGCAAGUUUCGCUCCUCGCCCGAAGAUUUCAAACUGAAUAUAUAAUUAGGGUCAAAAGCCUACUUAGGGGGUGGGGUAACGUAACACGGCCACUAAUAUUUGAGAUACGUCUAUUUUGUUCGAUUUAUGGCAGGCCUCUCUCCCAGAAAAUUUUUUUUCAAAACCCAUUCGCAGGCUAAAACCCAUAGAGAGGCCUGCGGAGGAGGCUAUGAAGUAUGUAAGAAGUUAUCAACAAUCAAACCUUUCAAAUCCAGCGUCCCGGACAAUAUUCCUUGUCGAAUCUUAAGGGAUUUCGCUUUCGAACUUUCCGAGCCUGUUACAACUAUUUUUAACGCAUCACUCGCAUCUGGAUCUGUCCCUAAAAUCUGGAAGGAUUCAGAUAUUAUCCCUAUCCCUAAGAAACAACAGCCUUCUUGCGAAGAAGAGACAAGAUCUAUUUCACUGACAUAUUGUCUAUGUAAGUCCUAGAAGACUUUGUAGUCUCCUGGUUGAUAACCGAUAUGGAAGACAGAAUUGACCCAAGACAUUUUGGAUGUGUGAAGGGAACAUCGACGACUUACUCUCUUUUGGGCAUGAUUCAAACUUGGUUGUCCUUAUUAGAUGGUAACGGAAGACACCUAUGGAUAUGUUUCCUCGAUUUUACAAAGGCCUUUGACCGUAUUGGUCAUAAUAUGGUAAUAUCCAAACUAUUGGAUCUAGGAGUUCGACGAUCCUUGGUACCAUGGAUAAUUAAGUACUAUUUAAAGCACGCGUAGGAGUGUUUUAUCACAUAUGAAACACGACGCGUAGCGGAGUGUUUUAUAUGUGAUAAAACAUGACUACAAGUGCUUUAAAUAGAUUCAAAAACGACUCAUCUUAUACGAGUUCAUUGGCGAAGUAAUUUUUAAAAUAAACUUUGUCCAAACAGAGAAAAUCAAUGCUAAAGUUUAUGUAAGUUAACUUGAUUUUUUAUCACAUAUAAAACCACGACACGCUUAUGAUUUUUCUUUGUGUUUUCCUCCUGAAUUAUUAAUGAGUUUUUGAACUUUCUUUCUAACCGUCGACACAGAGUUAAAUUAGGAGAUAUAAUCUCGGGUUGGUUACCAAUGAAAGCUAGCGUCCCACAGGGGACAAAGCUUGGUCCAAUUUUGUUUUCUGUAAUGAUAAAUAAUCUCAAUCCCAGAUCCAGCGGAACAGAUUUUUGGAAAUAUGUUGACGACGUAUCAACCUCGGAGUGACUGGCAAAGAAUAGCAAUUCUAACAUGCAAUCUAAUCUUGACUCAAUCUGUGCUUGGUCUCUACAGAACUAUAUGAAACUUAACGUUAAAAAUGUAAAGAACUACGCAUUUGUUUCCAGAAAGAUAAACCUGAACUAUUGCCAUUAUUGAUAGAUGAACAAGCGCUUGAAAUCGUUCAGUCUCACAAAGUUCUUGGUCUUAUUAUUCAGAACAAUCUAAAAUAGAACGAACACAUUGAUUCAGUCGUUUCCAAAGCAUCUAAACGGUUGUACAUUAUCCGCACUUUACGCCGAAGUGGCGUCCCUGCUGAAGAUUUACUUGAGAUCUAUUUCGCGAUCAUACGCUUGACAUAAUACUUCACCUUCUUAUCUUGCUAACCAGUUAGAACGAGUCCAGAAACGCGCACCUAGAAUUAUUUUACCAGAAUACACCUAUAGCGAAGUCCUAACAUUUCUGAAAUGCGACCGGCUAGACGAGAGACGAGAAAAACUUUGCCUUAAAACCUUGAAAAAUAUACCACAAGGAAGUCCUUUAUUUAGUCACAUUCCUGCACCGAGAGACACCUGUUACGAUUACAACCUAAGAAAUUCUAAUGCAUUAACUACCAUCAAAUGCUGAACAGAACGGUACCGCCGCAGCUUCUUUCCGAGCACUGUGGCUAUUUUUAAUGACAGUAGCAACAUUUAAAAACAGAUUUUAUAUAAGUAUAAAGUAACGUUUUAAUAUAUUUUAACUCUUUAAUCCUUAUUAUUGUUAAUAUAGUAAUUAAAUACUUAGUUGUAAAUUCACCGCAAUUCAAAUUUAUGCGAUGGUGAAUAUUCUUAAACAUGAAUAAUAACAAUAAUAAAUAAUUCCUGAAACGAAAUUCAGGAUUUAAAUACCAGGAAUAAGGAAGCGCUCCAUAUCCCGUCAUACAAAACAACGUCCGAUCGAAGGAGUUUCAGCUAUAGAGCGGUGGAGAUUUGGAAUAGCUUGGACAACGAUGUGAAGAAAUUCCAUUUGAAAACAUUUAAGACUGAGUUAAAGAAGAACGUGUUAACAAAAAACAAUGUUUGCAUCUAUGCAGGUAGUUUGCCAGUGUCUACUUGAAUGAACUCUUAGUGGGGCGAAAAUUAGUAUGACAUUAGUUGUGGAUUAUCCCAUUCUUUGUUACGUCUACAGAAUACAUUAUAUAAUAUGAGGACUUGAUACAGGUGUUGAUAAUUUUCCUAACAAGUUAUUUUCUACAUUGCUGAUCAAAUUCCAGAUCUUUCAGCAUUUCAAUAAGGCCUAAUGAUGAUUUACUGAACACGCCUAAUGAACUGAUAGACAUAUUUAUGAAUUUUAUUUUUUCGCAAUUUGCAUGCUGUUAAUUAAUUAGUACUUAAUAUUUUUGUUUUUUUACGAAGUGAGCAGAUUAGAUUCAAAUGCAACAGUAAGUUCGAGUGUAUAAAUACAUUUUUUUAUUAUUUGUACAAUUUUUACCUAUCUGGUAGAUUAGCGCUAUAUUCGGUCAUUAAUAUUGAAUCUGUUAACGUACAUUACGCCAGCAAAUUAUGUAAUAACAUAUAUUUACAGGACAACGUAUCGGUUACCAUACAUGAACCAGUCCCUCAGAAAUUUGUUCGUUUGCUGAUACGAAAACAAGGCAGUGAUAAUUUCCGAGUUAUAGAGAAAGAAUGUAGCGUGAAAAUUAGCUGGCCAAAAUUCAGUGGAAGAGAAAAAGAUGUAUUUUUUACCAUGAAAGGUUCGAGGUCGAAUUGUGAACGCGCUAAAGAGAUGCUCAAAGCAAAUAUGGUAAGUACAUGCACAGUAAAUGAUAUACGUGUAUAUACGUACCAGAGUUGCAAAACUGCUUAAUUGUAUCAUAGAAACUUAUAUAUUAAAAAUGUUUAUAAUGGGAAAUGGUGAG